AUGGCGGCCCACCGGAUCAUCAGAGUGACCAACAGUAACCAUGUUCUCCCUCGCUGCAAAUCCGAGGGCACGCUCAUUGACCUCAACGAAGGGCUCUCUGAGACUAGCCUCACAGAUGUCAAAGGUCAGGGUUCAAUACUGACUAAUGAACCAGACAGUUAUUUAGCCAUUUAAAUAUAUAUUGAUUUGAAUGCAAAUUGAGGAUGAAUUGAGAAUGUUUAUGUGAACACUUCACAAGAUAUGAACAGUCUCUUGACAUUUCUGAUCUUCUUUUUAUUUUCUUCCAGUGCCUUCUUCCAGUGCCGUACGGCUGGACAAUUCAGCCUCCUUCGUAACUGCUCGUGAAGUAGUCGCCAUUAAGGAUUACUGCCCGUCCAACUUUACCACGUUAAAGUUUUCCAAAGGUGACCGGCUUUUUGUGAUGGACACGUCGGGUGGAGAGUGGUGGUAUGCCCACAACAACACAGAGAUGGGCUACAUCCCCUCGGCAUAUGUCCAGCCCAUCAACUGCAGGAAUUCUUCGCUCAGUGAUAGUGGCAUGAUAGACAAUCUAGGGGAGUGUACAGACGAAGGGGCUAAGGAGCUGGAUCUCCUAGGGGAGUGGACAGGGGUGUCUGUUAAGACCACUCCUUAUUCACCUUAUUUUAACAGUAACCCCUUCUCCCUCCAUACCUCCUCCACCAACCCCUUCAUCAACAGUGCUCAUCUACAUGGUUCUCUAGACCAGAACUGUAAUGAGAGGGGAAGGUCCACGGACCUGCUCGUCUUUGACUCCCUGGCAUCCCCAGUCUCCCCCUCGGUACCUAACUCUACCUCCGGCACCACCAUGAUCAAUGGCUUCAGUAGCUGCAACAUCUUUGACAUGAUGACACCAACCAGCCCAAACCAGGACUUACAGGUUUUACAGACACUCCGAAGGGAUAACCCAUUCUUCAGGAGCAAGCGAUCGUACAGUUUAUCGGAGUUGUCCGUCCUACAGACGCAAUCUAACUCCCCCUUGCCUUCUUCUGGGUUCUUCACCGGCCUCAAGGCUCCCUCGCCAGAGCAGUUUCAGAGCAGGGAGGACUUCAGGACUGCGUGGCUAAAUCAUCGGAAGCUGGCCAGAUCUUGCCAUGACCUGGACUCUCUGGGGCAGAGCCCUGGUUGGGGACAGACUCAGCCGGUGGAGACCAACAUUGUCUGUAAACUAGACAGUCGUGGAGGGGCAAUUCAGCUCCCAGACACCCAGAUCAGCAUCCAUGUCCCUGAGGGACACGUGGUUCCUGGAGACACCCAGCAGAUUUCCAUGAAGGCCCUACUGGACCCUCAACUGGAGCUGAACACCGACCACUGUUCCACGGUCAGCCCCGUGGUGGAGAUCAAACUGUCCAACAUGGAGACCAAGUCCUUCAUCACUCUGGAGAUGACCGUGUCCGUGACGGUGAAGAAAGACAGCGGUCAGGUAGCCGAGGUGCUCUGCGUCCGUAGUGACUGCAAGGAAGGACCCUAUAUAAUCAUCCCACAUGCUUACCUAUACAAGGACACAGUACAAGUCCAGUUGGAUAACUUGGAGCCGUGUAUGUAUGUGGUGGUAGUGGUGCAGGCACAACACAUCAACCUUAAUACAACUGUAUGGGACCAUGUGUUGAAGAAAGUCACCCUGGGUGUCUAUGGGCCCAAGCACAUCCAUCCAUCGUUCAAGACGGUCGUGGCCCUAUUUGGGCAUGACUGUGCCCCUAAGACCCUACUGGUGAGUGAGGUGGGGAAGCAGGCCCACUCCGCCCCUCCAGUGGCGCUCACGCUGUGGGGGAAGCAUCAGUUUGUCCUGGGACGGCCCCAGGACCUCAAGGUUGGCCUAUACUCCAACAUGUCUAACUAUAUGAUCAAUGCUAAUGAGCAAGCCAGGAUUAUUCGGGGCUUCCAGGUCAAACUGGGGAAGGUUAGCCGACUCAUAUACAUGAUCACAUCCAACAACCCUGAGGACAUCUCAGACUUCACCUUGCAGGUCCAGGUCAAGGACGGCCUGGACUGUAUCCUGGCUCAGUUCUGCGUCCAAACACCACAACCGCCUCCGAAGAGUGGAGCGCGGAACACCGGCCACAGGAGGUUCCUGAAGAAGAAAGAGGUGGUGGGUAAGAUUCUUCUGUCUCCUCUGGCCAUCACUGCCAAAUAUCCACAGUUUCAGGACCGCUGCAUCAGCAACCUGAAGUUUGGCAAGUUGCUCAAAACUGUGAUCAGGCAAAACAAGAGCACAUACCUGUUGGAAUACAAGAAGGGAGACGUGAUCGCCUUGCUGAGCGAGGAGAAAAUCAAACUACGAGGACAACUGUGGACCAAAGAGUGGUAUAUUGGAUAUUAUCAGGGAAAGACCGGUCUUGUUCACGCGAAAAACGUUCUGGUUUUGGGGAAAGUCAAGCCUGUUUAUUUCUGUGGUCCGGACCUCACGACUACCAUGCUAGUGGAGCAGAUUCUGAAGCCUUGCAAAUUUCUCACAUACAUCUACGCCUCUGUGAGGACGGUACUCAUGGAGAAUAUAGGGAACUGGAAGGCCUUUGCAGACGCACUUGGAUAUGGAAACUUACCUUUGUCUUAUUUCUGUCGGACUGAACUGGACAACGAGCCUGAGAAGGUUGCGUCGGUUCUGGAGAAGCUCAAGGAGGACUGCACUAACAUGGACAUCAAGGAGAGAAAGACCUUCCAGAAGGAACUCAUGACAGUACGUUUGUGUGUUUGUCUCUCUGUCUCUCUCUCUCUGAUGUGUGUGUGUGUGUGUUUGGAAACCCCUCAUCAUAAAUAUUGUACCUCUUAGGCUGAAGAAGCUAUUCAAAUGUAUGGGUCAAUACAGAAACCUUAUCAAAAGCUAAAGAAAUAGGUAAUUCCACUUUCUCCUGGAAAUGUGUAGCACUUCUGUGUUUAUUUCCUAUUUUCCAUCAGUAGCAGAUGUUGACAUGGUGUUCCCAUUCUGUCAGAGGCAAUGGGCUGUGAUGUAUUGUGAGAUGGGGGGCUGAUAUGUUUCUGUACUCAGGUUAUUCAGUCACGUGUGGUAAGCAGUUUUCCUUAUCGCCUCAGGGUGCCUUAGGAGUAGGCCUACUUUUUGGGAGAAUAAAUGUGUUGUGACUUACAAUGCACAGAAACACAGCCACAUCACCUCCUUCAGUGCAAAUCCAAGACUGAGACACAAACAGAUAUUCUCCUCAAAGCAGGCAGGGUUGCUGUUGUGACAGAAAGUGUUGGCUCAACAUGCCUCCCACUCUUUCUCGAGAGUCUCCAGUCACCCUUUUCCUUUUUAAGUUUUAGACAGAAGUGCUUGGUAAUGUAACUAUACCCCGCAUUGCAACAGUCACAAACAGGCAACAGUUGCUUGAAUUUGGAUCUGUGGAGAAAUUGGAUCUGUCUGGGAAAGGGAGGUUGAUGUCUUUUUCACAAUGCUUGCUUUUGUAAACAUCUUAUCAAUCGGAGCUAGCAUAUAUCUGUUCAUUUUGUAUGAAAUAUAACAGUUGUUUAUGCCUUUCAAUGUUAUUUUGAUCAAAGUUAGGCUAGAAUUCAAACAAGCAACAAUUUUUCUGCCAACAGGCAUGAUAAGCUGAUGUUAGGCUUUAGGUUUGUGCAAAUAUUGCCACUGCUAGCUACUGUACAUACAGUAGACAAAGGGAUGAGGAUGGAUUGGUCCCAGAUAACAAUGAACAAUGCCCAAAGCCCUCCUACUACCCCUUCUCUCACACACACACACACACACACACACACACACAUUAUUUAUGGUGGACACACAGAUCUGUUUACCGUGCCCACUAGCCUGGGAGUAACCUAAUGUAGCAGGUGUAAAAGAAAACACCUGAGUGGAGUUCCCACAUCUGGUUUUCAGCGGAAAAGGAAGCUAGGUUGAAUUUGCUGUAUCCCUGAAACCUGGAGGCAUCCGGUUGUUGGCAACUCCGCUAAGGGUGUCCUGGAAGCGGUGUCUGAAAUAGAUCCAUGUCUAUGAUAGCCUUCUAGCCACAGUAGAAACAGAGUGUUGUUGCCUAUCCUGAUCAGGCCAAGACACAUCAGAUAUAACAUCAGUGACACAACUGUUGGUCCAUAUUGAUCCCUGAAAUACUGUACAUUAGAGCAGGAUCUUGAGGACCAUUGAUAUUGCUGUGCUGUAGUCUACAGAUGCUGUAUCUUAAUUUGAUCAUCCUGUUGUUGCAGGAAUUUUCCUGCACAGCAAGAAGAAAAACUUAUAAUGUAUUCAAGGUUUAAAAAGGUUUCUAAAGUUUGUAAUUUCCACUUGAAAAUGUAAGACUUGAUUUGUCCUAAUGAAAAAUGUAUCAACCCCUAUACAUUUUUUUCAUUGAUUAUAUUCCACAUAACAAUUCACAUUUCCUGUUGCUACAAGAUGAUUUACCUGCGGUGUGAAACUGGCUCAAAUUAAGAUACAGGAUCUGUAUAUAGGUUUGUGUGGGGGAGAUGGUUGUGUAAAGGUUUGACAAUAUUGCAGCACAUUAUGUCAUUAUAGUGAGAGUCUAUAGUGAGAGUCUAGUGAGAGUUCUGUGGUAUUUCUGUGGUUCUGUGGUAUUUCUGUGGUUCUGUGGCCUUUCCUCAAAUUGAGUAAUUUGCCCUUUUGGUGACCUUAAUCUCACAGAGUAGUAAUUACUUCUCUGGACUAAAACUAUUAAUCAAAAAGUUUGUGCUAAACCUCAACUAAGAAGCUUUAAAGCUCAGUUAGUAGGCAUUGAUAGACAGAACAGAACCAUGGUUAGGUCAUAUGCACAACAACAAAAAAUACACUACUGCUCAUCGAACAUCUCAUUCCAAAAUCAUGGGCAUUAAUAUAGAGUUGGUCCCCCCUUUGCUGCUAUAACAGCCUCCACUCUUCUGGGAAGGCUUUCCACUAGAUGUUGGAACAUUGCUGUGGGGACUUGCUUCCAUUCAGCCACAAGAACAUUAUUGAAGUCUGAUAUUGGACAAUUAGGCCUGGCUCGCAGUCAGCGUUCCAAUUCAUCCCAAAGGUGUUCGAUGGGGUUGAGGUCAGGGCUUUGUGCAGGCCAGUCAAGUUCUUCCACACCGAUCUCAACAAAACAAUUUCUGUGGACCUCGCUUUGUGCACAGGGGCAUUGUCAUGCUGAAACAGGAAAGGGCCUUCCCCACGCUGUUGCCAAAGUUGGAAGCACAGAAUCGUCUAGAAUGCAAUUGUAUGCUGUAGCGUUAAGAUUUCCCUUCAAUUGAACUAAUGGGCCUAGCCCGAACCAUGAAAAACAGUCCCAGACCAUUAUUCCUUCCUCCACCAAAAACUUUACAGUUGGCACUAUGCAUUUGGGCAGGGAGUGUUCUCCUGGCAUCAGAUUUGCCCGUCGAACUGCCAGAUGGUGAAGCAUUAUUAAUCACUCCAGAGAACGUGUUUCCACUGCUCCAGAGUCCAAUGGCGGUGAGCUUUACACCACUCCAGCCAACACUUGGCAUUGCGCAUGGUGAUCUUAGGGUUGUGUGCGGCUGCUCGGCCAUGGAAACCCAUUUCAUGAAGUUCCCGACGAACAGCUCUUGUGCUGACGUUGCUUUCAGAGGCAGUUUGGAACUCGGUAGUGAGUGUUUUAAACCGAGGACAGAUUAUUUUUACACGCUACGCGCUUCAGCACUCGGCGGUCCCGUUCUGUGAGCUUGUGUGGCCUACCACUUCGCGGCUGAGCCGUUGUUGCUCCUAGACGUUUCCAAUUCACAAUAACAGCACUUACAGUUGACCGGGACAGCUCUAGCAGGGCAGAAGUUUGACAAACUGACUUGUUGGAAAGUCACGUUGAAAGUCACUGAGCUCUUCAGUACGGGCCAUUCUAACUGACAAUGUUUGUCUAUGGAGAUUGCAUGGAUGUGUGCUCGAUUUUAUACACCUGUCAGCAACUGGUGUGGCUGAAAAAGCAGAAUCCACUAAUUUGAACGGGUGUCCACGUAGUUUUAUAUAGCCUAUAUAGUGUAGCUGAUUAUUAUAUAAAAGUUGCUUAAUCAAAGAUAACUGAGAUUAGCACUUCAAGCUAAGUGGCCUAUGAUUCAGAUUCCUCACAAAGCAUUCAUUCACAAGUGUGACCACCAUAACCAUAGCUCUGUCUAGCCUAAACAACGCUAUUCUCUAUGGGCUUUACAAGCCUGCCUUCCCUUUUUUCUGAGUCGCUAGCAUGGUCUGACAGGUGUUGUCAGUUGAAAUGUGAGGAGAGAGGAAAGGAGACAUUGGUCAGGCCAGAUAGCAGGCCAGGGGGGUUGGGCGACCAACGCUAACUGACACCGCUAAGAAUUCUCAAUGUGAUGGAUGGCGUUGCUCAGGCAGCAGACAAUUGAAAUGCCAUCCCACUGCUCAUCACUGAAAUAGAUCCCAACGGCCAACCAGAAAGACAGAGAGAGACACCUGCAGAUUCCACAGAGUAGUAAGACAUUAGGCUAUACAAGUGGACUGCUUUUCUCUCAUCAAUGAAUGUCAUAUGAGGAUCUCUAUGGGUAGCAGAAAGACACCCCCAGAUUCUUUAUUUCUUUCUUUAACCUUUAUUUACACAGGGUGUCAUAUUGAGACCCAGGUCUCUUUUUCAAAUGAGCCCUGUAAUACAACAAUACACAUUUAAAAGACCCAGUACAGUCAAAAACAUGCUUUUCCUGUGUUUUAUAUAUAUUUCGCCACUAUGAGGUUGAAAUAAUACUGUGAAAUUGUGUCAAUUACAAUAAUGCCCUUUUAGUGUAAGAGUUUGAAAAGACCGCCUGAAAUUUCAGCCUGUUUUGGUGGGAUGGAGUUCCAAACCACCCUGCCAAUAACAGCUAGUUUUCUGUUUUCCCCUCCUUUACUCAGACCACUCCCAGACAAUCAUAGCAAAAUUCUUGCUUAAUAAAUUGCUCUUUGCUAAGAAGCUAUUUGUAUGUAUUUUUGACCAUUUUAAUUGAAAAUAAUCUUUAAAAACGAAAUGUAAUCAAUCUUUAAAUAUGAAAUGUAAUAAAUAAAUACAAAAUUAAAUAAUAAAUACAUUUAAUACAUUUUGUGUGUGGUAAGACACUACAAGUUGACAAAGGCCUAAACCGUUUUUCUCUCAGCUUUGAAUAUCAUACAAGGAUCUCGUGUAUUAUGAGAGAGAAGGGUUAACAUUUGGAUAGUGGUGUGCAAAAUCUCAAGGUUAUAUUAUGUUGAGAAUGACUUUGCAUAGACACUUUUGACAAAUAGAUAUGGCAAUGAUUUUAGUCACCACUGCCAUCAUCCUAUGAAACAUAAUGACUGAAAGUCACCGUUGGUCCUACUUUCCCUAUUUCCACCUACAGAGAAGUUUAUAGACUGCUGAUGCAGAAACGUUUUCCUCACCUAUAAACUCCCUGGUUGACUUUAAUGAGGAGGUUGAGUCCUUGUUACUGUGUUCUCCCAUCUCCUGUCUCUCCUCUCCCCUGCUGUUAGUCUCAGGGACACUGUGUGUGUGUGUGUGUGUGUGUGUGUGUGUGUGUGUGUGUGUGUGUGUGUGUGUGUGUGUGUGUGUGUGUGUGUGAAUGUGUGUGUGUAUAUGUGUGUGUGUGUGUGUGCAUUUGGCACUUGACUGUGUGUGUGUGUGUGUGUGUGUGUGUGUGUGUGCACGCUCCUUUCCCUGCCUUUUAAAUGCAGGGAGAAGAGCCAGAUAGGCUCAUUUGGAAUGGAGCUUAGAGAGAUAACUGCCUUUGAGAGCUCUGAGGCACAGGGUAAAUUUAAGCUGUCAGUCAUGUCUGUCAGGGCUUUCCCCCAGUGGAGGUGAUGAUCAUGUCAAAGAGAUGGAGUAAGCCUCCACACACACAUGCACACACACACACACACACAAACACACACAGACAUUUCGAAGGAUGUCACUAUAGCUUCCUCAUUCUCAUCAGCCUGCCUACCACUGGCAUUCAGGUGCCGUUCUCUGGGAAACUGUCUGAGUGUGCGUGUGCGCAGGCACACACACACACAGGAUACGCUUCUGAAAAUCUCAACGAGUUACGUAGUUUUAUCAUAGGUUUAGAUUAAGAGUUCAAACUAGAAGUAAAGGUGAAUGGCAUAAGGUCUUUUGGAAUUGGAAGGUUUUAUAUGGCUCCAUUGGACUCUGGAAUGUUUGAAAAGGAAAUGAGAUCCCUCACUGAACUGUGCAGGAGGUCAUUCAAAAGAGCUGGAUUUAUUUUUAUACAGUACCUCUCUGAAGAGAAAGAUAAUGGAAUAUGACAUUACUAGCUAUUGGUUUCAUAAAAUAGUUCUGCAUGACCCAUAGUACAUUAUCACAAAGUUUUUAGUUUACUCAUGUUAUGGGAUAUAACUUAGGCAGCAUUCAAGUGUUGUUUAUCUGCUGCCAUGGAAUAAAUGACCCAACUCCUCAGCACUGUAGGGGAUCAUGACAUGUCAUUUGGAUUGAGGUUUCCAUGACAGGAAGUGAUUGAAGGAUUAAGAAGAUAGAUGUUGAGUUAAGAGGUUUUAAGAGACAGUGAUUCAACUAAUCUUCCUGCAGGUUGAAGGCUAUAUGACAUAACUGUGACAUGGUAACUAGAGUUGCAUCCCAAAUGGCACCACAUAGGGGUCUGGUCAAAAGUAGUGCACUAUAUAGGGCCCUCAAACUCAACUCUGGACCUCGAAGCCAGUUCCACACCAUUUCUUUCAUUGUUCCCCUCUAAUUAGGAACUGACUUAGACCUGGGACACCAGGUGUGUACAAUUCAUUAUCAGGUAGAACAGAACACCAGCAGGCUCCGAACUUCGUAGAGUAAGAGUUGAAUACCCCUGAUAUGGGGACACCUUGCUGUCCCCAGUCCGCCUGGCCUUGCUGCUAUUCCAGUUUCAACUGUUCUGCCUGCGGUUACGAAACCCCUACCUGUCCCAGACCUGCUGUUUUCAACUCUUAAUGAUCGGCUAUGAAAAGCCAACUGAGAGACCUGAGCCCUAGGACCAUACGUCGGGACUACCGGCCGUGGUGACUCCUUGCUGUCCCCAGUCCGCCUGGCCUUGCUGCUAUUCCAGUUUCAACUGUUCUGCCUGCGGUUAUGGAACCCCUACCUGUCCCAGACCUGCUGUUUUCAACUCUUAAUGAUCGGCUAUGAAAAGCCAACUGAGAUUUAUUCCUGAUUAUUAUUUGACCAUGCUUGUCACUUAUGAACAUUUUUGAACAUCUUGGCAUGGUUCUGUUAUAAUCUCCACCCGGCACAGCCAGAAGAGGACUGGCCACCCCUCAUAGCCUGGUUCCUCUCUAGGUUUCUUCCUAGGUUUUGGCCUUUCUAGGGAGUUUUUCCUAGCCACCGUGCUUCUACACCUGCAUUACUAGCUGUUUGGGGUUUUAGGCUGGGUUUCUGUACAGCACUUCGAGAUAUUAGCUGAUGUAAGAAGGGCUAUAUAAAAUAAAAUUGAUUGAUUGAAAUUGAUAUAGGGUAUAGGGUGCCAUUUCGGACGCACCCUAGUAACAACGCUACCAUCUUGACUCCUUGGCCCUGCCAGACAAGUGCCAGAUGUUGUGAAUGACACAGCAUUAGGACUGAGUCACUCCAUUGUGCCACUCACAGUUGACUCAGUUGCCAUUGUUGGCAGAUGGCGGUAAAAGCCGGCCCAGUAGCCAGACAGGUGGUGGUGAUGGUGGACGUUAUGGUGCAGUCCUAUUUUAGUAACUUUGACAGAAAUGUGAGUCCUGAUUCAGCAGUCAGAGCAGAACAGAGGCCAGCUCAUUAAAACAGUGCUGUUCAGAGUCAGGCCAGGUUGCCGAGGUGUCUGGAGUAGCACUGGAAUGCUUUGAAGACAGUGUAUGUGUCCCAGUAGCACCCUAUUCCCUAUGUAGUGCGCUACUUUUGACCACGGCCCAUAGGGGACUAUAUAGGGCAGUGUUUACCAACUCCAGUCCUCGAGUACCCCAACAUAACUCAUUUUUAUUGUAACCCUGGACAAGCACACCUGAUUCAACUUGUCAACUAAUCAUCAAGCCCUAAAUGAGUUAAAUGAGGUGUGUUUGUCCGGGGCUACAACAUAAAUAUAUGCUGUUGGGGGCACUGGAGGACUGGAGUUGAGAAACACUGAUAUAGGGAAUAGGGUGCCAUUUGGGAUGCAGCAGGCACUCAGCUCCCAGUUUGACAGACCAACAUAUGGAUUUAAGUGGACAUAUGAGCUCCAUAUGCCUCAUUCUCUUUCUGCAAAGCAAACAAAUGCUGUCUCUUCUAUUUAGAUACAGUACUGUGCAAAAUAUAGAUAGUGUGUCUGCCUCAGCAUAUCCUGUCAAGUUGCAGGCAAACUCUCCAAAGAGACUUUAAAGUGGAAAAAACGUUUAUGUAAUAAGAUAUAGUGGUGAAACAUAUGCGGUCUCUUAUGUAGGGACAUUGGCAGGCUUAACUGGUUGGCUCAGACUGGAAAACAUGAAUUCCUGUACAUAAAACCUAUUGUUUUUAUUGGGUGGUACUUUCCAUAUUCCUUUGAUGUUGCAUAGCCCUCCUGGUUUUAGGCUACACCGUGAAAACAUGAAUUCCUGUACAUAAAACAUAUUGUUUUUAUUGGGUGGUACUUUCCAUUUUCCUUUGAUAUUGUAUAGCCCUCCUGGGUUGUAGCCUACACAGUGCAGACAUGCUGUAUGUCAGCCCACCUCCUUGUGGGAUCCUGAUAGACUUGAUUUACAGUCAUUCUCUUUCUUUCAUCCUCUGUUCGUCUGUGGCGUUUCUAUUGGAGAGAGGAGGGGAUUACUAGUGUAUUUUCUCUGGCCUCCUGGGUUUAUUCUCAUUCAACACAUGUGUUUGUGUGGUAAGACCUAGAGAGGCUCUUCUAAAUCAUGCUAUAAUUCACCCUCAGACUUCACAGCAGGCUUUAUAGAGAAUGGGGAGGGAUGGUAUAGCCGUAGUGAGAGACGCAAAUGUAUUGUAUCAAGACAAUACCCUGGCCCCCUAAUGCUGUUCCUCCCCACUCCUUUCACUAUGUCUAGAUAGUCAUGUCUUCACCCCCUUUAAUGUUGAACACCAUGUGACACAAUGGUGUGUCAUUGCUGAUCCUUGGGUCGUGUUGUUGAACUGUUGUGUUGUAGCUAAAUGUUGUCUUCUGUUGUCGACGACCUACAGUGGCUUGCGAAAGUAUUCAACCCCCUUGGCAUUUUUGGGGGGUUUGUAUCAUUUGAUUUACACAACAUGCCACCACUUUGAAGAUGCAAAAUAUAUUUUUGUGUGAAACAAACAAGAAAUAAGACAAAAAAACAGAAAUCUUGAGCGUGCAUAACUAUUACCCCCCCCAAUACUUUGUAGAGACACCUUUUGCAGCAAUUACAGCUGCAAGUCUCUUGGGGUAUGUCUCUAUAAGCUUAGCACAUCUAGUCACUGGGAUUUUUGCCCAUUCUUCAAGGCAAAACUGCUCCAGCUCCUUCAAGUUGGAUGGGUUCCGCUGGUGUACAGCAAUCUUUAAGUCAUACAACAGAUUCUCAAUUGGAUUGAGGUUUGGGCUUUGACUAGGCCAUUCCAAGACAUUUAAAUGUUUCCCCUUAAACCACUCGAGUGUUGCUUUAGCAGUAUGCUUAGGGUCAUUGUCCUGCUGGAAGGUGAACCUCCAUCCCAGUCUCAAAUCUCUGGAAGACUGAAACAGGUUUCCCUCAAGAAUUUCCCUGUAUUUAGCGCCAUCCAUCAUUCCUUCGAUUCUGACCAGUUUCCUAGUCCCUGCCGAUGAAAAACAUCCCCACAGCAUGAUGCUGCCACCACCAUGGUUCACUGUGGGGAUGGUGUUCUCGGGGUGAUGAGUGGUGUUAGGUUUGCGCCAAACAUAGCGUUUUCCUUGAUGGCUAAAAAGCUCAAUUUUAGUCUCAUCUGACCAUAUGUUUGGGGAGUUUCCCACAUGCCUUUUGGCGAACACCAAAUGUGUUUGCUAAUUUUUUCUUUAAGCAAUGGCUUUUUUCUGGCCACUCUUCCGUAAAGCCCAGCUCUGUGGAGUGUACGGCUUAAAGUGGUCCUAUGGACAGAUACUCCAAUCUCCGCUGUGGAGCUUUGCAGCUCCUUCAGGGUUAUCUUUGGUCUCUUUGUUGCCUCUCUGAUUAAUGCCCUCCUUGCCUGGUCCGUGAGUUUUGGUGGGCGGCCCUCCCUUGGCAGGUUUGUUGUGGUGCCAUAUUCUUUCAAAAAAUGUUGAAUGGAUUUAAUAGUGCUCUGUGGGAUGUUUAAAGUUUUGGAUAUUUUUUUAUAACCCAACCCUGAUCUGUACUUCUCCACAACUUUGUCCCUGACCUGUUUGGAGAGCCGUUUGCUGGUGGUGUUCCUUGCUUAGUGGUGUUGCAGACUCUGGGGCCUUUCAGAACAGGUGUAUAUAUACUUAGAUCAUGUGACAGAUCAUGUGACACUUAGAUUGCACACAGGUGGACUUUAUUUAACUAAUUAUGUGACUUCUGAAGGUAAUUGGUUGCACCAGAUCUUAUUUAGGGUCUUCUUAGCAAAGGGGGUGAUUACAAAUGCACGCACCACUUUUCCGUGAUUUAUUUUGUUGAAUGUUUUGAAACAAGUUCUUUUUUUCAUUUCACUUCACCAAUUUUGACUAUUUUGUGUAUGUCCAUUACAUGAAAUCCAAAUAAAAAUCCAUUUAAAUUACAGGUUGUAAUGCAACAAAAAUAGGAAAAACACCAAGGGGGAUGAAUACUUUUGCUAGGCACUGUAUGCUUCAGGAGGAAUAAAAAGCCUGAAUUAGUAAGUGAAGUUGUAUUUGUGUGGCCUUUCUUCUAGGCCCUGUUGAAGAUGGACUGCCAGGGUCUGGUGGCCAGGCUGAUCAUGGACUUUGUCCUGCUGACCGCGGCCGUGGAGGUGGCCCCGCGCUGGAGGGAGCUGGCAGAGAAGCUGGCCCGGGUAAACAAGCAGCAGAUGGAGCAAUACGAGGCUCCGCACAGGGACAAGAAUGGCCUGGUGGACAAUGAGGUGAGAUUAUCAGCCCAUUACUAGUAGAUACUUUAACAUUUACUGGGUUUGACUGGUAUUGGCUGCCUCAGACCUGUAAUAAGAGGGACGUGAGAAAAUGCUAACCCUUCUAUCUGUUUCUUGUGUGCGGGGUUCUUUUAUAUCAGCCAGUCAGAUUUGACCAUAGAAGCAUUUGGAAUGAUUCUCUGUCCCCUCUUGAUCUUAAAGGGUUUUAUAAGUACUUUGGAUUGAUUGAUCAGUUCUAUGACAGUCCAUUGAUUGAUCCUAUGUUGACAGUCCAUGUGGAAGCCAGCCUAUGACUUCCUGUUGACGUGGGCGGCCCAGAUCGGGGACAGCUACCGGGACGUGAUCCAGGAGCUGCACCUGGGCCUGGACCGAAUGAAGAAUCCCAUAACCAAGCGCUGGAAGCACCUCACCGGAACGCUCAUUCUGGUCAACAGCCUAGAUACGUUACGCAGCUCUGCCUUCAGCCCU